CAGAUCCACACUGCAUGCACACAGUGUUCCAAGCUCCUGGAUCUACUGCCUCCUAUUUCCCAAGGACCAUGAGACUCCUGCUGCUGGCUCUUCCUAUCCUUGUGCUCCUACCCCAAGUGAUCCCAGCCUAUAGUGGUGAAAAAAAAUGCUGGAACAAAUCUGGGCACUGCAGGAAACAAUGCAUAGAUGAAGAAGUGAUGCAAGAAAAGUGUACGAAUCAUCGAGCCUGCUGCGUUCCAGAAAGCAAAAGGGACCGGCAAGUUCCUAAGACACCUUCCACACUCUCACAUGAUUUGCCAUCAUCAGCACCAUUUGAUGUGAUUUCAACACCAGUGCCCACUACAUACGGCUUUGUCGUAACAAGCAAGGAAGUCACAGUUAACCAGUCUGAGGAGGUCCAUGCAACUGAGAUCUCUCACCCAAAGGUUCAUCACAGCUCAGAGUGACGAACCAAAUCAGAGCUAAAGCACUGAAAACAUCACAGUGAC